AUUUGAGGAAAAAAGGGAUACUAUAUUAUGAUUAAUGAAUGCUUUUCCAGAUAAAAUAUUACGUGGAUGACUCAGAUAUACCGUGUCAACAGUUGUUUGCCGACGUUUCGGACACUUUGUUAAGUCCAUCUUCAGGGCUGCGAUGGACACGAGUCACGACUGUUGAACUAUUGACACUGAUAUAUUUGAAAGUCAUCCAUGUGAAACGUACACUUCUUAUGUCAAAAAUUUGAUAACAUUUGUUCUGUUGUGAUGGAUUUAAAACUAAAAAGUUCUUUUACAUCAAAAAUACCUAACUAUUUUACCUUUACCAGUAAUGUCACAACAUCACACGAGAAAAAAGACGAUGGUUUAGUAGCAGACACUAAAAAACGUACCUUCGACCCUAAAUUAAAUUUUCUUCAGGCUUAUCCUAAAUCAGUAUGGUUUAUUAUUUGUAACGAAUUUUGUGAACGAUUUUCUUAUUACGGCUUACGAACUGUUUUGGUAUUAUAUCUAACAUCUAUACUGCAAUAUGACGCAGACAAAGCUACCAUCAUAUAUCACAUGACAGUUUUUUUGGCCUAUUUUUCCCCAUUAUUUGGCGCUAUACUGUCGGAUUCAUACCUUGGAAAAUUCAAGACUAUCCUGUAUCUAUCAAUUGUAUACGCAAUAGGAAAUUUAGUUGUGACGGGGGCGUCUAUGGCAAGUUGUUUCAGUUUGUUAAAUCAGAGGAACCUUGCAUUGCUGGGGCUGAUUUUAAUUUCUAUUGGUACAGGAGGUAUCAAGCCAUGUGUAUCAUCAUUUGGAGGUGAUCAAUUUGUACUCCCGGCUCAGGAAAUUUAUCUUCAAAAAUUCUUUUCAAUAUUUUACUUCUCAAUCAAUGCUGGUGCCUUAAUAUCAACUUCAAUAACUCCAGAACUUCGGAAAGAUGUCCAAUGCUUUGGACGAGAUUCGUGUUAUCCCUUAGCUUUUGGUUUACCUGCAGUACUGAUGGUAGUUUCAACUAUCGUAUUCAUAAGCGGUAAGCGAUUAUACAAGAUCAAAAAACCAGAAUCCAACGUCAUUGUGAUGGCUUCAAAAUGUAUUUAUAGUGCAUUAAAAAAUAAAAUCAAACUAGCUUCAGAUAGUAGUAAAAAAGACAACUGGUUGGAUUACGCCGACAGCAAUAUAUACUCAGAAAGUGAAAUUGCAGACGUACGAUCAGCUCUAAACGUAAUAUAUUUAUUCAUACCGUUUCCAUUUUUCUGGGCAUUAUUUGAUCAACAAGGUUCACGAUGGACAUUGCAAGCGACGCUAAUGAAUGGUAGAUUUGACUUCCUUAAGUGGACAAUGAAACCCGAUCAAAUGCAAGUUGUCAACCCACUAUUAGUUUUAUUUUUCAUCCCUUUAUUUGAAACCGCUGUUUAUCCUUUGCUAAAAAAGAUCGGUAUCCGGAAGCCAUUGCAAAAAAUUACAUUGGGCGGAGUUUUGGCUGCUAUUGCUUUUGUAUGCUCCGCUAUUUUACAGUUCAAUAUUAUUGGUGGAACCACGGAGAUAUCGACGGGAGAAAGUAGACUGAUAAUAUUUAAUGGAUUUAACUGCAAUGUGAAAAUGAAUUCUACACAAUUACCUAUUCUUGAUGUUAUUAAGCCUUUGGAUAUGAUAGAUAUUAAAUAUGAACUUGCUUCUAAUGAAAAAGUCAUACCAGUAAACUUCACGUUUGAUAAGUCAUGCUCCUCCAAAAAUUUGCCGGAAACAUUUUCAGGAGAGGUGGUAGUCACUGAAGAAAAGGAGUCGUUAUACUUUUUAAGUAGUACCGGUGAUAAAAUCGAAUUGAAGAGAAUUAACAAAGACCAUAAUAUGUCAAAACGGAAAAAUGGUAACCCAAUAAUCAAUGUGUUGUACAGCGAAAAUCUGUCAAAUAAAGUUGUUACUCUGCAUAAUAUAGAGAGUAAAUCGUCACAUGUAGACAUUACUCUAACAUCAUUCACGGAAGUAAAGGAAUUACCAUACGGAAAAUACGAAGUAUUUCUUGAAGGCCAAAGACUUCCCACAGAUGUAUAUUUAUUACCAUCAAGUGUGAAUACUCUUAUAAUAGAACAAAACUCUACGAAUGUUAGUGACAAUUUAGUGGUUUUGGAAGAAGGUAAUUAUAUUCACAUUCUAUGGCAACUUCCACAGAUUAUUCUUAUGUCAGCUGCAGAAAUAAUGUUUUCGAUCACUGGUCUAGAAUUCUCAUUUACACAAGCGCCAGUUAGCAUGAAAUCAUUAUUAGCUGCUGUAAACCUAUUAACAGUGUCACUAGGCAAUUUAAUCGUGGUGUUCGUGUCUGAAGUUCGAUUUUUCGAAAAUCAAGCUCACGAGUACCUUCUGUUUGCUGGAUUAAUGAUCUGUGACAUGGUAGUAUUCGCAUUUAUGGGUUUGAAAUACAAGUAUAAAACUUUUAGCAGUGAAAGUGUAGCUGAUGACGCCCCACGCGAAGAAAAUAAACAAUGUUGAUAUGCUUUUUGACCUUUUACCAGUUUAGCUUAACAAUUAAGUAGAGUUUAAUAAAACUAAAUUAUUUAAAUCAUAAGCCAAACUGACGAGAACGACCAGUGUAUUAUUUUAUUUGUUAAUUGUCUACCAGUAAAAUUAGUGUAAUUGAUGUUUUAAAAUUGUAUUUAUUGAUAUGUUCCAUGUAUUUUUCAUGAACAUCAUUACUUUAUUUUUUAUUAUAUUUUAUGUGUUAUUAGCUAAAUGUACAAGUAUGUAGUUAUAAUAAAGUUUAUAAACUAUGAUUAUUA